UUACUCCAAAUAUCAAAGUCAGUAUGGUUACCUCAGCAUUGUCCUCAACAUUGAUAAGGAUACUUCCAAGGUCUCGCUCCUACAGUGCUAUUACACGGAUUAGGAGAACAUUCAGCACCAGUACACAUCUCUUAGAUAACAAUGAAGAAACGUCAGAUAUUGUCAUAUCCGGAGGUGGUAUGGUUGGAGCAGCAAUGGCUUGCGCAUUGGCCACCAACCCUUUGUUCUCUGACAAGAAAGUAAUCCUCCUUGAAGCAGCCCCAGACAAAGGAAAGUUUAUUCUUCAGGAGAAAUACAGCAACAGGACGUGUGCUUUAAGUCCAGCAACUGUCAAUUUCUUUAACAGUUUCGGUGGUUGGGAUGAAAUUCUACAGAUGAGAUGUCAACCAGUCAGGAGGAUGCAGGUUUGGGAGUCUUGCUCGGACUCCAUGAUAACAUUCAACAAUGACGAUAUGGCAGAACCACUGGCUUACAUUGUUGAGAAUGACAUCAUCCUGGCGGCACUGAUGCAGAGGUUGUCUGAGGUUGGUGAUCGUGUAGAGAUCCGCUAUAGAACAAAACCAAAGGCGUACGAGCUGCCUGGGGUGAAAGAUUUCUCUUCCAAGCAACAUCCACUGGUAGGCGUGGAGUUGGAAAGUGGAGAUGUCAUACGGACACGAUUACUCAUCGGAGCUGAUGGUAACCAGUCCGCAGUCCGUCAAGCAGCCGACUUCCACACGGUCACGUGGGACUAUAAACAGAAAGCUAUCGUGGCAACUCUCAAACUAGCUGAGGCACCUGAUAACUGUGUUGCUUGGCAACGGUUCCUUUCAACUGGUCCUAUAGCAAUGCUCCCACUGAGAGACAAUCUGAGUUCCCUGGUGUGGUCCACAACGCACGAGGCGGCCAAGCAUCUGCUGAGCAUACCAGAGGACAGCUUUGUUGAUGCAGUGAAUGAUGCUUUUUGGAAUGAUCGAGAGAAGAAUGUUUUGGCGGACAAAGCUCUGGAAGUCUUCAGUUCUGUUGUCAGGAACAUCUUGCCAGGGCCAGACACAGUCCGCCAGCUGCCUCCUACAGUGGUGGACAUAGAGCCUGGCAGUCGUGGCGCCUUCCCACUGCAGCUGAUACACUCCUCCGCGUAUGUGCGACCCAGAGUCGCCCUCAUAGGUGAUGCUGCCCAUCGUCUCCAUCCGCUGGCAGGUCAAGGGGUCAACCUGGGCUUUGGAGAUGUGGCAUGUCUGUCAGGGAUUCUGACAGCAGCUCUACAGAACGGUAGUGAUCUUGGAUCAUUAACCCAUCUCCAUGACUACGAGACGGAGAGACAGCGCCACGUGGUGCCAGUGAUGGGUGCUAUUGAUGGGCUACAGAAGCUAUACAGCGUAGACUUCACACCCAUUGUUGUGCUGAGGAGUCUGGGCCUGCAUGCUACCAACACGUUAGACUUUAUCAAGAGACAAAUCAUCUCUAGAGCUGCAAGUUAAUGGACCAAGAAACCUGAUUUCUGAAAGCAAAUGUUCCACCGUGUAAUUGCAUGUAAAUAAAUGUCAUUGUGUAUCAA